AUGGCCCAAAUAAAUUUGCUCUCUGCCUUUGUUUUCCUCGUUCUGAUUUUAUCCCAUGAACUUCAGUUCAUUGAGGGAAGGCAUUUGAAGCUCAAAACCUCUAACAAGUUCCUUCAAAAGGAAGCAAGAAAACUUGUUGAGAACACCACCAAGUUACAUGUUAAUGAUAACCUUGAUAAACCAGUCAAUGCUACCAAAGUGUCUCCACCUGCACCCUCAACUCCAGCUUUUGGCGAGCCACAUCCAUCCCCACCGGGUCAUGUAGAUGACUUCAGACCUACUGCCCCCGGCCACAGCCCUGGUGUUGGGCAUUCCCUACAAAACUAA